UUUGGUUUUGUUUAUUUAUUUGCUGCUGUAUUUUGUUUGAGAGGGACAAUUUGCUUUUUAAAGCAAAAACAGGUGAAAUGUAGAAAACCAUCACUACAUUAUGUCACCUGAAUACACAGAAAUGAUCGCAGCAAUUGCCUUUGGAAUUUUGUCUGCAAUUUUUAUAAGCGCGUUUGUGAUUCUGAUAAUAAUCUGUAAAAGGCAGAAGUUGCUAUACAAAGGAAACUAUUUCGAUGCACAAAGUGAAACAUCAAGACCAGAAAAACAACUGAUAGAACCGGACAAACCGGAAUUGGAGCUGGGACAAGUGAAUCCGAAUCUAGAGGGCGUGUUGUACAACGACCAAUGGGUGGACGACGCUAGCGGCCUCAUUCCGCACUGCCUCUCAAUUUUGAAGACUUGCAGAUGUCUGACGGAGCGUCUGACAACGUUGGCGAUGAGUUCGGUGCCGAUGUCGGGACAUUACACCAACUUUGUGGAGAGCGCUAGAAGGAUUUCCAGCAGAGUUGAUGACAUGGUAAAAAGUAUGUACCCGCCCUUGGAUGCGAGGCUUUUAGAGGCUAGAGCCGAGGCUCUAACCUUGGCGGUUACGCAUUUGGCGUUAAUUGCCAAAUAUGAGUGCGGAAGAAAGGAGAGGGGCGGUUUUAACUGGAUUGACAGGGCGCUUUCCGACAUGGAAGGACAUAUUUCAUUUUUAAGGCAGGCAGCCAGCAUACAGGAAAGUAUAAGCAAAAACCAAAAUGUAUUAUAUCUUAAUACAGUUAUGUAGUAAGGCAAAACUAUAAGAAAUAUACACUGAUUAUCAAAAUUGUUUGGGUGA